AUGAGAGGAAAGCUGUGUUUAUUACUUUUGUUGUUUUCGUGUGUGAACUGUAUAAGGAAAGUUAUGUAUGAAUACGAUGGUCCUGGUGAAGAAAUAUAUGAAAACAGCACCUUGAUGGGAGGACAUACAUUAAUGAAUUCAACGUUAUACAAAACCAUAUUUAGAUAUUAUUGUUUAAGUGAUUACCACGAAAAUGAAGACUUAGUGAUAUAUGGAACCAAAUCGUGGACAUUUCCCCAACAAGAUAUCAACCUAACAUUGUCGUUUCCAAGUGCGUUUCAAACCGACACACCAUUGGAGUAUAGAGAAGAGUACUGGAUCACUGGGUUCAACGUGUUACUGUUUGUGGACACCACAGAGAGCCAGGGUUAUAUAAACCAUGGAGGAUUAAUGCAGGACUCAAUAAGUUUAACAUUCGUGUGUCCGAAUGUGAACAUGCUUCAGUAUCAGUUCUGGUUGUACGGCGUUGCGAAAACAUCCACAAAGAUAGAGUCGAGCAGUCUUCUUGAAUAUGAUUUAUGUUAA